AUCUGCAGGUGCCUCAAGGCUUUGAUCAACUUGAAAGUUUUGUGACUUUCCUAGCACACGAUCUGCCCCGAUUUUGCCCUCUUUGCCUCAAAUUCCGCACUUUUGGAGGUCAAGACCGUAGUGUCUGGUCUGUAUUUAUCGCUACAGGGGCUUGUACAACGGUUGUUGAGCCUGUAGAGGCCCAAGAGCAUAUGGUGUCCGGACUGCAACAUCUGUCCAACGAUAGUACUGUACAUUCAGCCAUAUACACCCUACAUCACGAUGCAGAACAUUAUUAGCUUGGUCCAGCUUGAGAUCCCAAACUUCUUGCUUUCCGUUGGUUUCGUCCUGGGCUCAUGAGAGCAGUUUCCUUCCUUCGGCAUUCCGUCUCUCAUGUGAUUAUGUUGUUGAUCUCUACUGCGCCAUCGUUCGGGACAUCGUUGAGUGGGGAUAUAAGUCUCUCAUACUGGCUCAGAAACAAUACUCUGGAUUCUGGUAGCGACUACAUAAUAUCCGUCGUGUACCCACCAUGCUGACACACAAAGGUGAAUCAUGUGGGUCAAGAUAAGUGACUGUCAUAUAUAAAGCCCCAAAAGUAUCUGUGAACAUCAGGAAGGAGUUAUUCUCACCAGUGCUUUGUUAUCAAACGCUAUCUCUAUUGCGAGCCAUCUCUUGAGUUUGUCUUCGUAGCCCGCGUUCAUCAUGACAUCCCCCAGGGUUUGGUUCGUAACUGGGGCUUCAUCGGGUUUUGGCCGUGUGGUCGUAGAACAUGUACUGAAGAAGGGCGACAUCGCUGUGGCCACUUUGCGCAAGCCUGACAUGCUAUCCGAUCUCGUUGAACAGUAUCCAUCAUCACGUCUCCUUACUCUUCGCCUUGACGUCACAGAUCCCGCGGAAACCACUGCAGCAUUCAACAAGGCAAUAGAAACAUACGGAAGAAUUGACGUUGUCUUCAACAAUGCUGGAUACUGUGUCAUAUCUGAAGCCGAGGGAAUCAGCGAAACGAGUGCUCGUGGACAGUUCGAGGUGAUGUUCUGGGGUGCGGCGAAUGUAACCAAGGAAGCAGUGAAGUGCUUUAGAGAUAUAAACAGGCCAAUUGGUGGACGACUCUUGCAGAUGUCAUCAAGGUCGGCUUUUGUGGGAGCCGUUGGAGUAGCACAUUACGGCGCUGCCAAAGCUGCGCUAGAAUGCCUUACCGAAGGAUGGGCCGCUGAACUUGACCCAAGAUGGAAUAUCAAGAUCACGCUUGUUGAACCUGCUCUUUUUCGUACUCCAGCACCUUCGAAAAAUUUCAUGGAGCCUCCUCACCCCGCAUAUGCAGACCCGUCCCUACCGAGCAGCAAAUAUCGCAGCCUUUACCCUGGAGUCGAGCGUAUAUUCACGGGAGAUCCGGCUAAACUUGCCCAGGCUAUGUACAGACUCUCAGAACUUGAGGAUCCACCAUUCAGGUUACCAUUGCACAAGGUCGCCUUAGACACAGCUAGAAGAAAGGGCGAAAGUUUGAUCAAAGCUGUAGAUGAGUACGCGAGCUGGUCAGAUGACAUAUAUCUCUCAGAUUCUACUAGUAGUUAAAUUUACUACCAACCAUGGUGGGGACGUAUAGAAGGAUUGACUUUCGUUUGGAUGGUUGUUUCUUUUUGAAUAUGCACAGCUUUUCAUACUCCUAACAAAAUGUCUCACUUUCUGUGAUAUCAUAUGAUUUACUUGUUUGAUAGUCCUCCGCGGAUUCGCUGAUACUUGACUGGCCCCUAACGUUCAGCCACAAAAGACAAAGGGGGACAAAUCAGGGGCUUCCGAAUCUUGCCAGUGUCAUGAUCUACAAUUCGAACCUUAAGCACUAUGCGGGAAUGUAGAUUUAUACUGCUGUCAAUCUAAAAUGGUCCCUGCGUCUGUACAUGCACUUCCAACAUCAUAUUAAUAUUGCGGUGCGUCUUGUUUGUGACUUCUCUCCUUUUACUAGAUCUGCCAUGUAUCAAUACGGGG